AUGAAGGCCGUUCCGGUCACUCUCGUUUCUCUUUUCGCCGUGGCCCAGGCCACUGGCUCGUGGUGGGUCACGGACAAGUGCUACUCCAACCCCGAGAACUCCGACAACCACUGCACUGAACAUCAGAAAGGUGGCUGGGACUGGUCUGACCUUACUACCGGGUCCUUCUCCUCGUAUGGAGGCUUCGAUUUCUCCGGUUUUAAAUGCAGUGACAGCUUCAGCGGUGGCGGCAAGCGUAGCUUCGGUGGUGGCAAAUACAUUGAAGGAAAGCUCUCCUCUGCCCCCAAGUUCUCCUGCGGCCAAGAGCAAAAGGGAUUCUCCAUCAGCAAGCUGCACCUCUCCACCUCCAAGGAGACCGACGUGCACAUCGUCUAUGGCAUGCCCGAUGGGUCCACCUGCCGUAACGUCGCUUCUUGCUCGCCCGAGGGCACCCAGGUCAGCAACGACCAGUGCGGUGGUGCCACCUCCGUGAGCUUCGAGCACCCCGAGGGAUCGGAGGACAAUGACUGUGACAUCGGUGUCCACAGCAUUGACUUUGACUGCUCUCCUGGCAAGACCACCUCGACUCGCACCGCUGCUGUGCCAACCGAGACUGGUGUCAGCCCCGAAUCGUCCUCCACUCCCGCUAGCCAGGAGUCGUCCACUCCCGUCGUUCCCACUCCUAUUCCUUCCUCGUCUGAUGUUGUCCCCACGUCGUCUUCUGCAGGCAUCACGACGCCCGUACCUGUCACCACUCCUGUCCAGUGGACCACCUCGACCGUGUACACUACUAGUGAGAUCACCAUCACCAGCUGCGCUCCAACGGUGACCAACUGCCCCGCCAAUUCGAUCAGCGUCAUUACCUCAACCAUUGCAGUUUCGACCACUGUGUGCCCCGUUACUGCUACCGAGACUGCCUCUGUCUCUCUGCCUUCUUCUGUUGCUGCGGGCUCGAGCUCUGGAAGCCCGACCCCCGACGUCACUCCUUCUGAGACUGCUACUGAGACAGCUCCAUCCGAGACUGACUCCGAGACUCCUUCUGAGACUGCUACUGAGACUGCUCCAUCCGAGACUGACUCCGAGACCCCUUCUGAGACUGCUACUGAGACUGCGCCAUCCGAGACUGACUCCGAGACUCCUUCUGAGACUGCUCCCUCUGAGACCUCCCCUGAAAGCACACCCACUGGCAGCUCUCCUGUCGAGUCGAGCUCCUCGACCCCGGCCAUCACCACACCUGCGACACCUGCUUCCAGCACUGCCCCUGCCAUCACUGGGGAUGUCACCACGACUGUUGUAACAUACGAGACCGUGACUACCUGCCCUGUGACUGAAACCAUCUCGACCAGUGGCACCGUCACCACCACUACUUACAGCACUGUCUCUACCGUCACUCUGACUUCCACAUCGACCAUCUGCACUGCCUGCCAGGCCAGCACCACUCCCGCCCCCUCGUCGGUCGCCCCUGUCACCACUGGCCCUGCCCCUGAGGACCUGACCACUACCGUGGUGACAUACGAGACCGUGACUACCUGCCCUGUGACUGAAACCAUCUCGACCAGUGGCACCGUCACCACCUCUACUUACAGCACAGUCUCAACUGUCACUCUGACGUCGACCGCCACCAUCUGCACUCGCUGCACCGCGGGAAGCACCACCCUUCCCUCAGGCCAGUCCCCCGUCACCGCCAGCGAGACCAGCGGCGUGCCCUCCGUGACCGCAACUCCCUCGUCUGUCCCCUCGGCCCCUUGCCCCAACGUUGUGCCCAAGUGUAUCAACACCUGGCUCAGCCUGCUCCCCAAGUGCAACUCCAACAGUGACGCCAGCUGCUUCUGCCCGUCCUCCGAGUUCACUGACAAGGUCAUCGCCUGUGUGCAGUCCUGGGGAGCCUCGCAGUCGGAGGUUCAGGCCGCUCUGUCCUACUUCACCGGUAUCUGCGCUGCCUACGUGCCCAAGAACCCCGGCAUCGUGACCGCCAUCCCGAGCACCAUCACCCUGGUCCCCACCAUCAACCCCACCGGCGCCGACGCAGUCACUGCUCAGCCUACUGGCGGGGCCACCGCCACGCCGACCGGUGGUGCGGCCGUCACGCCCGCUCCCCAGGCCCCAUCCGCCCCCUGCACCACCAUCACCUACUCCUCUUAUACCGUGACGGUGCCCCAGGUCGCUUUCUCAACUGCCACCAGCGGCUCGACCACUACCGUGGGUCUGAUCCCCGGCCCGGCCCCGACCUCAGGCGUCUCCGCGGGCACCACAACCCGCAUUCCCAACCCCUGGCUGUCCUCGACCCUGGUGACCCACCCAGGCACCGCAUCGGCUACUGCCUCUCCAACCGCCGGUCCCCUCCUGUCCAACGAUGCCUCCUCGGGCUCUGCCUCGAGCAUGAUCUGGGCUGUCGCUGUCGCAGCCCUCUUUGGCACUCUCUUCUAA